AUCAGAAUUCAGAUUCCCCGCUUGUUUUCUAUUGAUAACAAAAAUUGAUUAGAAACAAUGAAAAUAUUUGCAAAAGUUUGUCAAUUCGUAGUUUUGCGGUAUUUUUAACUUUAAAGAUUAAUUAAAGAAAAUAAAAUGUUGUGUUCUCAAGCAAUCGAACUAAUCAAAGAAUUAGAUAGAUCCAGUGAAGAUGUUCUACCUCCUUAUAACACCGAUGGAGUACGAUUAGUUUUAAAUGAAAUGAAGAACUUAUACGAUGAAAAUGUCGAUACUGUAAAUUCAACUCGUGAUCAUAUCGAAGACGCGAUGUUUGCUUUGAAAAUUCGACAUAAAGCUUUGAAAAGAAACAGGCGAUGUUUAUUAGCGUAUCUAUGGAACAGAAUUGAUAGAAUCAAAGAAAUGCGUUGGCAGAUAGGAAGUAUAUUACCACCGGAAAUAAAAUUUAGUCUUUCACCAGCAGAAGAACAAUGGUUUAGUAAUUAUUGUAAAUCGUUGGCAUCGUAUAUGAGAAGUAUCGGCCCAGACGGAGGAUUGAAUUUGUUACAAGAUUUGAAACCACCGAAAUCUUUAUUUAUCGAGGUUCGUAGCUUAGUCGAUAUCGGUGAAAUUGAACUUGACGACGGAGAAGUUAUUAUAUUGAAAAAAGAUGCGCAAUACAUGCUGCUUAGAUCUCAAUGCGAAUCUCUAAUUCAUCAAGGUAUCCUACAACACGUCCAUCAUUCGUGAAAAGAAUACAAUUACGGUUGUGAAUUUGAAGUAUUUUAAGAAGUAAGUCGAAAUAAGGCCUUUUUAUAUGAUUGUAAAUACGUUGAAAUUAAAUCUCGAAGUACCUAA